UUAAUAACAGACGUUUAUUCAAAGAUUAAAAUGCGUAUAACUAAUUUACAAUUAAUGAUGUGUUUGAUCAAUUAAAUUAAAAUUCUUGGGCCUUUGCAGAUUAUUAGCCUAUGAAAAAUAACUUUUGAUAGUGACGUAUACUGCACAAAUAACUCUAAAUUUCUUGUAAAUAUUCUUGACAAGAUGGAAAUGGAAACAGAUGCUAAAAAGGACAAUAAAAACAUGGCUCAUGUUAUGCUAAAUGAAGUCACUGAUAUGCUAGAAGAUGAUUUGCAGCCGAUCGAACAAUAUGAUUACAUUGCCUUAGAUGAAUUGCAACCAAUGGAACAAGGUCUUGAACAAUAUCAAGGUGAGGAAGUACAAAGAGAAACAAUGGAAAGUGAAGAAAAUCAAAGUGAAGAACAGUUGCAACAGCAGGAACCUGAAGUUGAAGAAGUUAUAGUGCCAGAAAUAGAGGAAAAACCAAUUAUUGUUCAAACUGCUCCUACUGCUAGAACAAUAGCUCCCAAACCUGCAGUCUCAAAAUUAAUUGGUGGAGCAUCAGGACAGCAAAUUGUUUUUAUACAAGGACCUAAUUCUCAAACUGGACCAACCAUGAGAUUAGUUAGUAGUAAUUCUGCAUCAGCUCCAACAGGGAGCUUUCAGCUUGUGAAGAGAUCAGAUGGUGUUAUGCAGUUGAGACAAGCCCCUCCAAAAGUUGUUACAACGGCUAUCAAAAAGAUUGCACCGGCCCCAAUAAGUAAAAAUCUAUUGACAAAAGUAAUAGUGAAGGGUAAUAAUCAUGUUCUACUAGGAUCAUCACAAGCAUCAGAAUCAAAUGCUAUUAAGUUAUUACCUCUGAAUACAUCUGUUGCGGGUGGUAUAAAACUGACUAGUCCAACUAAGACUAUUACUUUAGCACAAGCACAAAAUAUGGGCUUGAUACGCAGUAAUGCUAAUAAAUUACAAGUUGUAUCUUCUACUGCAAAAGUUGGAAUUAAGGCACCUAUGAAAAUACUUCCUGCUCCAUCACAUGGUAUAACUCCAAUAAAAACGGGCAUCAAUCCACAAAAUAUUAUAAUUAAACAGACUAAUAUUAGACCAGUAGCUAAGCAAACAAUUUUAGCUACAAAAUCUGUUGGUGCAACAGUACAGCCUAUUACUAUGUCAACAUCAUUGAUAAAAGCAAUAAAAACGACUACACAGGUUCCUACUGUUAAAACUUCUACUUCAUCGCAAGUCCCACAAGUAAUAAAAAUUCAAUCUGGGCAAAAUACUUCAAGUGGUCAAAUUCAUCAGAUAAAUGUUCCUGGCCGUGGAAUUCAAUAUGUUCGCCUUGUGAGCAAUACAACUCCUACAUCGACUUCUGUUCAACCACAAGUGCAACAAAAAACUACUACUUUUACUACAAGACCUGUACUAAAACAAGCGCUGCCAGGUAUAAAAUCAAUGAAGAGUACUGUGGUUAGUAUUAGACCUGCAUUAUCUGGUACUAAAACUUUAGUGACUUCCAAACCUACAAUGGUUAAAAGUGUUAACAAAUAUAAUGAUACUAUUAUGACUUCGAAACCAAGUACAAUGAGUAGUGCCACUUCCACUAGUACUUCAGCAGCAACAAAUAUUAUGAAACAGAUUAAAGAAAAUCCAAGUAAAGAAAUUAAAGCAACAUCACAAUUCAUACCAAAAAGGAGAAGUUCUGAAGAUGAUAACAAAUAUCAAACACCAAUGGAAAUUGAUCCUGAAGAUCUGAUAGAAGAGCGAUUACCUAUCUAUGGACGACCAAUUUUCAAAUAUUUAAAACAAGAAGUGAAAAGAGAACUUAGUUUAGAGAAUUUAACUCUUAUUGAUAAAAGAGGAAAGGAUAUUAUUGAAGUUAAUGGCAUUAGACCACGUAAGCCCUGUAAUUGCACGAGAUCUCAAUGCUUGAAACUUUACUGUGAUUGUUUUGCCAAUGGAGAAUUUUGUAAUAUGUGCAAUUGUAAAGAUUGUAUGAAUAAUAUUGAAAAUGAAGACGAAAGGCAGAAAGCUAUUAGAAGUUGUUUGGAUAGAAAUCCAAGUGCAUUUAGGCCAAAAAUUGGGAAAGCUAAGGACCCAGGUUUAGAAACUAUUAGAAGACAUAAUAAGGGUUGUAAUUGCAAGAGAUCUGGAUGUCUUAAAAAUUACUGUGAAUGCUUUGAGGCAAAAAUUGCUUGCUCAAAUAACUGCAAAUGUGUUGGAUGCAGAAAUAUUGAAGACUGUUUGGAAAGGAAACGCAGUUGGGCUGAAGAACUAGAUGGACCGCAUAAGAAGUUUGCAUCUAAUGAGGAAGAUGGAUGGGGUGUAUUAGGAAGAGAUUUGUCAAAGAACUAUAAAUGGCCAGUUAACUAUAUAACUCCUGAUGUAAUUGAAGCCACCUGCCAAUGCUUGUUAGCACAAGCAGAUGAAGCAGUUAAAAAUGACUCCAAGGAGGAAAAAGUCAUCGAUGAGAUUUUAGAAGAAUUUGGACGAUGUCUUGUUCAGAUAAUUGAAUGCUUCAACAAGACAACUGCAACACGAGAGGAUACCACGUAAAAAUUUUGCAGUAUGUGGAUCAAAUAUUGCUUGAAAUUUCUUAUGAAUAAUUAAUUUCAAUUUAAUUUUUUACUUUGUGCAUAAAUGAUGAACAUGUACAUAGAGAUGAAUAAUUAUUUAUAAUAAUUACAGAGUGUAUGAUU